AUGUGUGCUAGCCGGGUACGCUCCCCGCGAGCGCCAGAAAUCUACCGGGUUCCGGAGGUGCUCCUCGCUGCCGACAAGGGCGCGUACCAGCCGAGGUUCCUGUCCCUCGGGCCGUACCACCAUGGCGGCACUGCCACUGCCACGGAGGAAAUGCGGCGCAAUGACGGGGAGAAGCCGGGGAACCUAGCCUACGCGGUCCAGGGCGGCGGGCCGCCGGUGGUGGAGUACAUGAAGGCCAUCGCGUCCGUCCAGGCCGACGCCAGGAGCCGCUACGAGGGGGGCGUCGACAUGGAGUGGGACGCCUUCUGCAGGAUGCUGCUGCUCGACGCCUUCCAGCUCGUCACCCUGCUCGAAUACCUCGGCUUCCACGACGACGACCACCCAUCAGGAGCAGCGGAAACAGAAACAGGAGGAAGCCCUGAGCAGGAGGAUUGCACGCCAAGAACCAGCGUUCUGAGCAGCAUCGGGCAUGACCUGAUGAUGCUGGAGAACCAGAUACCCUUCUUCGUCGCUCAGAAGAUGUACGGCUUGCGUCACGGCGAUGACGGAAGCGGAAUCGCCGAGCUAGCCUGGAGAACCAUCAGGCGCAUCAUGUGCGACGUCCCGUCGGCGGCGGCCAAUCCUCCACCGGCGGAGAAAUGCCAGCACUUGGUCCAUCUGUGCCACGCUUACCUGAAGCCAAGCAACCUCGGUUGCAGUUGCAGCAGAGGCGCAUGUGCCGGCGAGCACGGGAGAUUCCGGCGAGCCACCGAGUAUCACGAGGCCGGCGUCAGGUUCCGGCAGCUGUGCAGCGAGGACGGGGGCGAGCAGUGCCCCUUGCUGGACGUGGCCUUCUCGAACGGGGCGCUGCGCGCGGAUGGCGCGGCACAGGAUCGACGAGACGACCAACUAUGUCCUCCGCAACGUGCUCGUGUACCUGGAGACGGCGACGAGCGGCGCCACCGGCUACGUGGCGGCGUACGUGGUGUUCAUGUCGCAGCUGCUGGGCGGCCCGGAGGACGUGGCCCUGCUGUCGCGGCGUGGGCGACGACGCCGAGGUGUGCGCGCUCUUCCGGGGGCUGGCGCAGGGGCUCGUCUUCGACCCGUCCGGCGACCACUACCUCAGGACUGUGGGGGUGAAGCUGCAGGCCUACAACCGGUCGCGCGUCAACCGGUGGGGCGCCUGGGUCAUCCAGCACCGCCUCGGCAACCCCUGGCUCGCCGCCGCCUGGGUCUUCGGCGCCAUGGCCGUGCUGGGCACCAUCCUUCAGACCGUCGUCGCUCUUCUC